UCUGCUGUUUACAGUGUGGAAAAACGACCUGGUAAUUUAUCUUUUUCUACUUGAACCAUUUUCAACGUCCCCCCCGCCCCCGCCGCCCCUGGCAGACGGAAUGGGAGCGGUGGCAGUUUCGAAUCUCCGAUGGAACCUUGCAGCGAUGAGCAGAGCACGCACCGCGUUUGCUCCGGACCCCGUCAAACUGUUGCUGCUUUAUGCCGCGCUCGGCAUCCUGACCGUCCAUGGCUUUGGCGGUGAAGAGGAGACCCUUAACCUCAGCAGCUCCAACAAGAGCGUGGCCAACCGCAGGUGGGCCCGGUCAGUGAGCACCCUGCCACAGCCCCGUGACUGCGAGCUCUCCGCCUGGUCCUCAUGGAGCAAAUGCGAUCCCUGUCAAAAGAAAAGGUACAGAUUUGCCCGCCUGGAACAACCUUCUCAGUUCAAUGGAGAUCCAUGUGAUUACUCUGACAAAGAAACCGAAGACUGCGUUACAAAUAAUCCUUGCAGGAAUAGAGUUAGAUGUGAUGGGUUUGUGUGUGCAGUUACAGGGAGAUGCAUUGCACGGAGGCUGCUUUGUAAUGGGGAUGAUGACUGUGGGGACCAGUCAGACGAAAAAAACUGCAAAAAAGUGUUUAAAAAAUGUGACCAGAAGAUGGAGGAAUACUGGGGAAUAGAGAAUCUGGCAAAAGGGUUAAAUAUCUUCACAAACAACUUGGAAGGAUUAGUUCUUGAUCACAGGUACUAUGCUGGGGGAUGUUCUCCCCAUUAUAUCCUGGACACAAGAUUCAGAAAGCCAUACAACGUAGAGAGCUAUAUGCCAGAGACCAAAGGCAAAUAUGAAUUUACAAUGACUGAAUAUGACUCCUACUCAAAUUAUGAAAGCAACGUCCUGAAGGCAAAAGCUUCGCAGUCUAGCUUCAGCUUUGGUAUAAAAAUACCAAAACUGUUUGAACUGGGUUACAAUUCAAACGACAACAGGUUCAAGAAGUUCAUUCAAAGGAUGAAAAAAUUUUCUUCAACUUCCAGCAAAUUUAUUCACGCCCGUUCUGAGCUGGCUGUUGCCAUUUAUAAACUGAAGCCCCGAGCGCUGAUGCUGCAUUACGAGUUCCUGCAGAGACUCCAUCAGCUCCCGUCGGAGUACAGCUACGGGGAGUACCGAGAGCUCUACAGAGACUACGGCACCCAUUACAUCACGGAGGCUACCGUCGGUGGCAUCUACGAGUAUACUUUGGUCGUGAACAGCGACGAGCUCCAAAAGGCAGGUUAUUCUCUGAGCGAUGUCCAGAAAUGUGCACAGCAUGGCUUUAGCAUUGGUGGAAAUAUUCGUGCUGUCUAUCUGAAGCUUGGAAUAACUGUAGCUGGCUGUAAAUCCCUUUUAAAAGAGAUUGGAGACAGCACCGCCAAAAAACAGUAUGUGGAAGAUUUCAUCGCCCUUGUUCGUGGCGGAGCGAGCGAACACAUUACCACGUUGGCUUACAAAGACCUGCCGACGGCUGCGCUCAUGCAGGAGUGGGGGGACGCUGUACAGUACAACCCCGAAAUCAUAAAGCUAAAGGCAGAGCCGCUCUAUCAGCUGGUGACUCCAACUGACUUUGCUAAUGCAAUCACAAUAAAGGAAAAUCUGCGACGGGCUCUCGAUGAGUUCCAGAUGGAGACCAGUUCUUGUCGCUGUGCUCCGUGCCACGGCAACGGCAUCCCCUUUCUGCAAGGGUCUGAGUGUAAAUGCCUGUGUCCCCUUGGCUACAGGGGCACUGCCUGCGAGAUCAGCAAGAGGAAAGAUGCUGCUAUUAAUGGAAACUGGGGUUGCUGGGCCAGCUGGUCGCCAUGCUCAGGGGGUCAACGAACAAGGAGACGACAGUGCAACAACCCUGCCCCGCAAAACGGUGGUUCAUCAUGCUCAGGGCCAGAUGCUGAGACGGUUCCUUGCUAGAGGGAAUCGUUAGCAGCUUACACAAAACUGAUGAGCAGUUUGCAAACGGAGUGGGAAGAUGUCACCUGGCUGGCUUACUGAGUUGGCCUCACCGAUGGGUCUCAUCCAAGGGAAUUGAAGCGCGAACACUUCAGAAGACAUUGGGAGCUGGGUGUGUGUUAUGAAUCACGCCUUUUGGACAUGCUUCGCAGUUGUCCCAUGGGAUUGAAUGUGCUUACUGUUCUUAAGAUUUUGACUUUUCUCUGCCUUCAUUGCAAUGGUCUAACUGAGACGUGCUUUAUCUCCUGCCCUGUUUGGUAGCUGCAUGAUUUUAAAUUUCCCUGUCUUGUUUUUGAAAGUUCCUUUGAGAUAAGAAAAGCCUGUUUGAUCUUCGGUGCACCAGAAUGCGCGCUAAUAUGCAGGUUCUGUGAAGACAGCUGUGUCAUGUGGAGAAAAAUACAGCAUAUUAAAGUCUAAAUCUCAAUGAGCCCAACAGUAUCUAAUGUGACAUUUAAAGCCGCUGUGCCUCACUACUCCAGUUUCCCAAUUUAUUGUAUUUAACUUAAAUUGUCUGUUGUGUUAGAAAUUGUCUUGAAGGAGUGAAAACCAAAUUGUGAAGAACAGUCUGGUGACACCAAAGCAUUGUUAGACUGUAGAGCGGUUGUACUCCUACCGCAGUGAUGAGCUUCCUCCUGUAGAAUAGAUACCCUGAGAGUAUUGGAUUCACCCCGCUACGCUCAGAUACACUAGUGCUCCGGUUCCUUGGGAAGGGGGAGGGAAGGACAGAGGGAUGCUACUGGGAUGGGGAGUUGGAAAGCAGCUGCUUGGAGAUAUUGGAAGGCAGGAGAGAUGGCUGCACUUGCAGGAGAGGCUGGACCUUCUGCACCCUGACGAGGGGCUGUCACGUCUUUGCACGUCCCCUGAAGUCUUCUGGCCUUAGUAGUUGCCUCUGUCCCAGACAGGCUCUGGUUCAGCUGUCUGAUCCCAUGAAAGCCGGUAUGGAAAGCUAGUGGACUGGCUGCACUGCUAGUCCACUCAGGUUAGGACAUCCGAGAUGGAGAGAGUUUGCUAUGAAAAGAGCCAAAGCAAAGUGAGUGGUUUGCCCUUCGUAUCGUCCCUGGAGCCCUGCAUCACAAUCCAGGUCAAACAAACGAGGAACUUGUAAUAUUGUAAUACUGUGCACCGUUUCAUGACUGACCUGGGCUUGGCUUGUUCCAGGGACGUGCCUCCUACAGCACCGUUGGUGGUUAAUGAUUUUUGCAAAGACAUUUGUCGGGGAGACGUUUUACAUGCUGUAAAAUAAACAGCAGUAGCUUUGCUCCAGGAAAACAAUUCCACCAGAGCAAAGUUGUUCAUAAGUGUUGCGAGUCUUUUACAUCUGCAAGGUCAAACAUACUCUUCCGAGGGUUUUUAGCGAUGCUGGUGAUGAUGGGUUGGUAUCACCAGUUUCUCUCCUUUCAGACUGACGUUGUCUAAGUGUAAUUCUUGUAAGAACAACUCAGGCUCUCUGACAUCUGAACAAUGGAACGUGCAUUUAGUUGUAGCCCUCGUGCCGCCUCCACACUUAUUGACAAGGUUUCUGUGACAGCUUUAAGAAAGGAAGAGCACAUUGCAUAUGUAAAAGAAGAGUGCUCUGUAUUCAUUAGGGGCUUCAUAAUUGAGCUGCCAACCCAAAACAUUUCCGUUAUCCGCUGUGUAACUGUGGUAUCUUUUGUGUGAUAGAAAUUUGCCAAGAGGCUCAUUUAGGGUCAUGGUCAAAGAGGUCACUGCUUAUGUGAGUAUGAUAUUCUUCAAAGCUUUUUAAAGAGACGCUGUAGAAGCUGUGCAGCAGAGGACGUGAUCAUGGUUCGUGGAUGCCUGUGAGGACACAUACUGCAGUGCGGUUGCCUGCCCUUCUCAAGAAGCAUCGAUGUAAUCUGAUUAAGGAACCUUCUCAGAUGAGUUGAGUGGCUUUUGCAAAUUUGACCGCCUUUCCCAACCAUCAGGCUGGAGGAAGCGCUCUGACACGUAGCCAUGGUGUGUCCAUCCACUGCUACGGCAAGCAGAGCCAAGUGUAGCAACCUGAAUUUGGGCUGUUGUUCCCAGUUCAGAAAAGCCCAGAUUUUAUGAAGUCGCAGUGCCUGGGCUUGGAUAUUUGGGGUUUUUUUUGUAGGAAGAGAGGAAGCGAGCUGACAGUCUUCAAGCAGGAUAGUCUAACUGAAGUAUGAUUUCAGUAGUGGUUGAAUAUUGACCCUCUAGGCUUAGAAGCCUCCCAUAAAGGACAGAAUAUUUUCUUGUCCUUGUGAUUUUAUGCUUUGAUUCAACCAACUAAUGAUUUAUUAUGACAUGGAGGGUUAUAAAAAAUACUCUGCUGAAGCUUUUAUUGUCUCAUUUUGGUAUGCAUUAAAUUUUGGUGUUAUCUUUAACUGGUGUCUCUAACUUCCACUUUCUGCGUGAGUUUAGAUUAAUAACCCAUGUAUGGAAACUUGGGAAAGCUGUGGGCACGAUGCGUGCACGUUCAGCGCUGCUUGCGCUGCUCUAGCCCAUUUCUCCGGUUAAGACACUUGUCGCAAUGGGCUUUACUACACCCCGUAUUAUAUUUUCACCAGCAGUUUGCUGGUGAAAAAAAGAAACUCAAUAAACAUGGAGAAGCCGUGUUUUCUACACCUCCCUGCUUGAAGACAUCGCUGCUGUGAUGUGUGCUGGA